UCCAGAAAUGUACUUUAUAGAAUUCCUCUAAAAAUUACAUAAACUUGUUUGUCACCACCAGGCGACCAAAAGAUAAAAUGGUUGCUAUGGAGUUGAACCUGACAGAAGGCUGCCAUUUUGGAUAUUUUUAUUUUGUAAAUUUCCACUUACAAACCAAAACACUGUAGGGGAUCUUUAAAGAAGGUUUUGAAAUUAUUAUGGGAUGGCCUCAAGAGCAUGAAUCCCUGGCUUGAGCUGAACGAAACGAUAUAACACACGAUAUAAACCUGUAAGGGAUGUUGGCGUGGUUAGCAAAAAACGUCCGUUGAUAAGGAAAUCCAUAAAUUUACUUUAGAGAAUUCUUCUAAAAAUUACAUAGAUGUGUUCGUUACCACAAGGCGACCAAAAAAUAAAAUGGUUGCUAUGGAGUUAAAACCAACAGAAAGCCCCUAUUUUUUCAAAAUAAAGUGUUUUUUCAUGCAUUUCCCCUAACAACACCAAAACACACGCUUGGAAUCUCCAAAGAAUGUUUUGAAAUUAAUAUGGUAAGACCAUGAUUCACUGGCUCAAGUUGAAUGAAACGAUGUAACGCACGAUAUGAACAUAUAAAGGUUGUGGAGUGUUUAAUAAAAACCUCUGUUGCCAUGGAAAUACAAAAAUUUACUUUAGUGCAUUCUUCUAAAAAUUACAUGGAUGUGUUCGUUACCACAAGGCGACCAAAAAAUUAAAUGGUUGCUAUGGAGUUAAAACCAACAGAAGGCUGCCAUUUUGGGGGGAAAAAGUGUUUUUUCAUGAGUUUCUCUCAAGCAGCUCUGACAUAAACUCAGACGGUUGGUGGCUUAUAAAAACAUUUUCUCUAUCAUCUGUUCGUGCAAUUAAUCAGAGCUUCCUGGAGGCUUCUUCAAAGAAAAAAAUGACCCAUAAUACACUGCAGUGGUGGAACAUUUAGAGAAAGAAGUUGUCAGCAUCUUGGAAAUUCAAGAAGAAAGAAUCUGAGCUUGAAGAGACGUUUUUGUCAUCGUUUCAUGAACAUAUGAGGCUGAAGUCUGGCUGGUUAGGAGCCGAUUAAGCACAAAAAUACUCGUGAGCUCUUUCUGUAAGGAAGUGACCUAAAAAAGCAGCUGGGUGGAUUUACACAAACCCAUUGAAAUAAAUUACAACUUUUUGUCAUUUUGAAACAAAAAUGUUGGUGAAACUGCCUGAUAAAUAUGUAUUUUCUUGGACCGAUUCUGGUAUUACGCACUUGGUUGAUCAAGCACUAAAAGUCAGUGAAGUGUUAAAGUGUGUGCGGGUUUUCCUAACUGUAUCUGAACAGAAAUAAAGUUUAAAAGAAAUAACAGACCCAAUCUCAUUACAAACAAAAAUACUUUAACCUGAAAAAUACUUUAAAGGUCAAUUGUUUCUUCUUUUGAUCUUAGUUUCUCUAAUCUCUUAGCAACCAGCUUCCUGUCCCUUUGAACACGCCCACCUGCACAAACAUCACAGAGCAGCCGACGCUCGCUUUCAGUUCUCGACAGCGCUCGCCACAGCAAAGUCAGAAGGUUGAGAUGGAGUUCGCCUGCAGCCAUGUGGUGUGUGACUGGAGACCCGACAAACCAGAUAAUUCACUCGUUCAGCAUCAACUGGACACCAGGACGGUUGUGGAAAAGGGAGAAGAUCCUCCACCAGUACCUCCUCCCCGCUUUAGGAAACCUCGACCGACCUCUCUUCCUCUCCCACCUCUUCCCUCCAAGGCCUCCAGGGACCAUCUAUCCCUCCCUCCUCCUCCUGUUCCCCCCAGGCUUGACAGGAUGGAAGUGGAGAAGGGACUUAAAGCCAACUUCAACGUGGUGUCCCUUAAUUUUGAAAAGCUGGUGGACCUUAGUGGAGGUCAGAACCCCAUUUUUGUUGAAAUCAUCCACCUUUCUUUUGCGAUUCAUGUGCUGAUCUUGUUUCCAGAAACAGAUGAGGAGUUUUUCGAGAAGCCAAUCGUUUGCGUGAAAUGUGGAGCAGCGUUGUCCUGUCUGAGUUCUGUACAGAGAAGCGUGUGGCUUUGCGAGUUCUGCGGGACCGAAAACACGGUUGAUGAUGGCGUGGUCGACGCGUGGGUCGGUCAGCGUCCAGGCGUCCGUGGAGACGACCUCUACCUGCCGAACAGGAGUGAAGACGACUACCAGAAUUUGGAGGACACGCUGGUGGUGUUCUGUGUGGACAUUUCUGGCAGCAUGAGCGUGACUACAGAGGUUACAUCAGAGACUGGCUCUCCAGUUUACAAAUCCCGACUAGAGGGUAUACAGAAUGCCCUGGAGGGGGCGCUAAUGUCCAUGAUGCAGCAGUCACCUCAAAGGAGAGUGGCUCUGGUGACCUUCAAUGACGAGGUGGUGAUUUACGGCGACGGCACUCGGCCUCCCCUCACCUUCAGGGAUUGGGCGCUGGUUGACUACGACCACGUGUGGAAACAAGCCUCAGACUACAGCAUACCUCACUGCAUCGCAGAGACGUACCACCAUCUCAUACGAACAAUCAAAGAGCUCAGGGAACACGGGGCCACAGCUCUGGGUCCAGCAGUGUUAGCAUCGGUUGCUAUAGCGUCCAAGUAUCCUGGCUCAAAGGUGAUUUUGUGCACUGACGGCAAAGCUAACAUUGGACUAGGAGAAAUGGAGCAAACGUCCUCUCAGUCCUCCUCACCGCUAUCGUCAUACUUUUACAAACAGUUGGCCCUAGAGUCUGUGAGGAAAGGAGUCAUUAUUUCAGUCAUGUCUUUUAAAGGCACAAACUGCCGCUUAGCGGACAUUGGAAGUCUGGCUGAUGUGACCGGAGGACGGGUAAACAUCGUCUGCAUCGAAACUGUGGCAACCAACAUCCAAUCGGUGUCUGUAGACAAUGUUUUAGCAACGGGAGUUCUGGCAACACUGCUAGCUCCUGAUGGAGUAUAUUUUCCCUACGAGGAUGAAAAUAACCACAAACUAGUGAGAGAAAUAGGAAACGUGACGCGGGGAACGGAGAUCACCUUCCAGUUCGCAGUUAAACCAGAGUUUGUAGACGUUCUUCUCCAGAAGAAGACUCUUCCGUUCCAAAUACAGCUGAGCUUUAAGACUCGAGACCAGCAGAAAGUCACGCGGAUCGUUACCGAACAGCGACCAACAACAAUCAGGAGUCGGAUCGUCUUGGGGGACCUGAACGUGGCGGUGCUUGGUGUUCACUGCGCUCAGCUCUGUGCCAGUUUAACCAUGGAGGGCCGAGUGAAGGAAGCAAAGAAGCAUCUGAAAACACAAAAAGACCUCCUCAAACAAGUUGGUAAACUGAGGCCCAUCCAGAAGGAAGAGUGUAUCUAUGGUAACUGGAUGGAUACCAUGGCAACAGUCUGCCAUGACAUCAACGUGGAAACCCAGAUUCUUUCUGACGAGUCGGCGGAGGUGGUGUACCAGAUGAGGAGAGCCAGCAGCACCAGCAGCAGUAUCAGGGGGGAUUACGCCGAGCUCGCUAAGGCAGCGAGAAGGAAAAAGGGCAUCAUGGAAGGGGUCGGAAAAAUGGAUGUCUAAGGAGAAACUUCAGUCAAUAAUGUUCACAUAUUGAAUGUUACUGAGAAAGGAAAAAAAGCCAAGUUUGAACCCUUUAACAGUGGUGACCCUUAAACACAAAAUUUUUAACACACUGUAACUUUUCAAUCGUUAACGCGAUCAACAUAAUUCUAGUAGAUUCUGAAGGAGAAAAGCCGCUUUUCUCCUUCAGAAUCUACUAGAAUUAUGUUGAUCGCAUUAGCAAUUUAAAAAAAUCACAGUAAAUCAAAGUACAUGAACACUGGAGCUCCGAUGUUAAAGGGUUCAAGAGGUUUAAGAAGACAAACAACAAUGGUUACAGGAUCAAUUAUGAUGCUGCCUUGAUGAUAUUGUUUUACUAUGAAUGUCUUCAACAUUUCAUUUUUAAAGGGUUUUCACUUUUUCUCCAACAAAGCAACACCACUACAUGAUAAUGUCCAUACCUCCCAUUAUGGUUAGGGAUUUAUACCGUUUAUAGCUCAUAAUAAUUAUUAUGAUCCAGCAGUUUAUUUUUUUAAUGUUCCCUAAAAAGGGAAAAGCAUCUUUUUAGUUUGUUAAUACUUCAUAGUAUAAGAAAAUUUGCAAAUUACCAAAACAUGCCUGUGAUGAAUGUAUAGUGUAAAAGUAUGAAUCUGCUGUUUAUUUUUAAUUCAUUUUUAUUUUGCUUUUUAUACACAUUUUUCCUUUUUUCCUGCAAAGAAAGGGCAGGAAAGUAAAAAAAAAAAA